AUACAAUGAUGUCAGAGCCUCGAUGAUAAUUGCUUUCUAUAGAAAUCGAAGUGUAUGACGUCUCAGCUCGGACCAGGAUCUUUCUAGCGUGAAUAAUUUUUAGGGCUCAUUUAGACGACGCGCGAACUCGCAUGCGAGUUUUGUUGCAUUGCGGACUAUUGAGGUUGCAUCCAAUUCAAACAAACGAUCAAAGAGUUCUCACACCGCCUAAAUGAGCCCUUUUGCUCCUUACAGACCACACAAUUACCCACAAGUGGGUACAGCUGACCCUGCCAACCGACGCAAAGAGCGACCCAGUCGGCUACCUAAAAGUGGAUAUUUCCAUUUCGGUCCGAACUGAAGUGUUAAAUGCGCCGUUUUUCCAAGAGAGAAUAGAGGAGUGAGUUGCAUGUAUUUUCUCAGCACUGGAUUCGUAUAAAAAACUAAAAUUAAAAUUUCUUUACCUGGCUGGGCUAGCUCUCUAUUAUUCGAAUGCGAAACCUAUAGAAAAAGAUUUUGAUUUUCGACGUUCGCGAUAGGCCCUCGGCUAAGUACCAUCGAUGACACAGUUAACUUACUAUUCUUAUAUCUAUAUUAUAAGACCAUCAGUAAAUUGUAUGUGUUUGCUAUGGUUCCAGUACUCCGUUUUAUCUCUGAGCUUAAAUAUGCGCCCAAAUCUGACGAACGGCUUACAUAUGUGCCUGUUUUAAUGGCCUGGAAUGAAUAAUCAGCGGGAUUAAUAACAAAUCAUAUUUUAAAUUGUACAAGAAAUGAGAAGUAGUGCCGCGAAAACUUGUUCAAAAUUGUAUUUAUGUAUCAUAUACAAUAAUUUAAAGGACUUUAAAAUUAAAGCUAUGUGUAUCGAUGUAAGUAGCAAUAAUCUCCCACAAGCUUUUGGAAAGAGUAAUAAUCAAAAUUAAAUGCCGGCUUUCAGCAACCUCCUCCUACUUUACGGUUCCGAGCAGCAACCGGCCUGCUACCAAGUGACGAUCUACCGCGCAUACAAUGUGCCCUGCAGCGCACACACACGUCCGGACAUUCUAGGGAACCCGCCGAGCACGUGCGUGAGGCUAACCUUUUGUGACCUGAUGGGUGUGACCAGCCCGCAGCACCGCACCAACAAUCCAGUGUACGUCGAGCGCGUAUCACUGGUCGAGAUGUUUCCGAACGUGUGUGAUACAAUCCAGUUGGAAGUGUGCUCUGUGAAUGUGGGGUCGAAGGUUUUAGCAAGUACGAGGUUGAAGUUAUCGGAAAUAUCGCAUGGCGGGGAGAAUGGAUUCUUACCCACAUUUGGACCGUCCCUCCUCCACAUGUACGGGCCGUGGCGCGAGUCCGACGACGGGCCCUAUCAUCGCGGUGCGCUGCUAGUGGCCAUGAAGACCAUAGUUCCUUAUUACAAGCGGGGUCUCAGGACGGCGCAUGUGGAACCGGUGAAUGCUGGGUCGCUGGAUACGGUGAGAUCAGAUGAGCAAGUUGCAAGGGAGUGGAUCAUCGAGAACUUCAUCAUGUUCUGUCCUGUCUUCGAAGUGUCCAUGCUGGACAAGAGCUUGUCGGAAGCCUCGUGUGGUAUCGCCAUCACUGCUGGAGAGAUCCCAUUUAACAGCUCCUUUGACCAAGGCAAAUAUACUAAGUAUUGUACUACUUUCGACACUAUAAUUGGUUUUGUUAAUUUCAUUUUUUAUUUUGUUUUUACAGAUUCUGACGAAUUUGAGAAAAAGAUGUCUGAAAUAAAACAGAAGAAGCUGCACUAUACGGGCGGCAGGCCCGUCCGCUGGAACAGCCACGUGUCGGGGCACCUGGAGCUGACGUGCCCGGUGCUGCAGCUGGCAGCGCGGCUGCCGGACCUGCGGCUCCGGGUUUACGUGGACAACGUGCUGCAGGGGAUCUACGCUGAUCUGGUGAGGAAUCUUUUAUCAAGAACAGAAGCUGCAAACGAACUAAGCUUAUAUGGAGAACCGGUCACGUUACGUCGUCCCCUUUCCUCUUCAUUUCAGGAGAACGAUAUAUGGGAAAUCUCUUCCCGUCUCACAAACAAUGACUACAUGUAUCCGAACGACCUUCUAGAGUCCCUCCAUCGCUCGAAUGACGAGAUUGCAGCCCAGGUCAAGAAGUUUCUAGAAAUUGUUCAAUACUCGAGCUUAAACGAAGAUAUGCAGAAGUGUACCACCGAGCUGGAUCGUAAACUUGUUCAGUUGCAAAAGGAGAAGAUGGAAAAAAUAUACAGUCGACUUAUAUCAAGAAAGACUAAAGCACAUCAUUCGCCGUAUUGUAGAAAGCCCCUAUUUCUGGAACAAAUUGAGUCCAAGAAAACUGUCAAAAUUAUGCUGGCUGAAGCUAAAAGCGUCCUCCAGGAGCUGAAAGAACUCAUGUACAAGACACCAGACGGCUGGCCACACAUAUCAGUAUGGCUGCUGAGCAACGGGUCCCGCGUCGCUCACGCCAAGAUUACGCCGGGUGACAUCAUACAUUCCGUCACGCCGGAGCAGAGCGGCCGGCAGUGUGGGAAAAUACAGACGGUUUAUCUUAAGCCAAUAAAAUGCUCGCAUCACCACCCGCUGGAGUGCCACUGCAUCUAUGGAAAAGUAGAGCUACUCGCUUGGAUGGGGUCGUUCAGUCAUCGCGCCAUGUUCCAGUAUUGUAUCCCAGACGGGUACAGAAGUACCGAGUCAGGCCUUACCCUCGAGUGUGAGCCGAUAUUCCUCGAAUGUUGCGUGAACGUCUAUCGCGCGAAGCUGUCCGGUUCAAGCGAUCUCAGCGGUCUGUCGCCCUUCGUGAGAAUCCACUUUAUGAACAACGUCAAAGAUACGCAGAUAUGUCAAAAUACCGCGUUACCGGUGUGGAGUGAGGUGCUCCGUAUAUCGUGCAGUGCUUACGUGUCUCCCCAACGCCUGGAGACUAGUCCACCUGAGAUACUGGUCGAGGUGUAUCACUGGGAUACCACGCAAAAGGUAACACCCGAACCCCUUUAUCUACAACUCGAUUUGUAUAACAAUAUACAAUACCACCUUCCCGGAACACUUCACUCAUACUUACAUAUGGGGGACACAGUAACAGGUGUUAAGAUCCUCUAUCAUAUGCCUCCGUUUAAGUCUUAUGUGUUUUCCCAGGGUAAAAUCGAUCUGCUCGGUCGCGUCACAAUAACGCCCGUGUUUCUGAUAGCCCAAGAUUUAGAGUCCCCGCCUGCGCUGGACUGGCUCGAUCUUCAUUUGGGAACAGAAGACGUGGGCAAAAUACAGAUGUCUGCGCAACUUUUGCAAACCAACGAAAAUGUGCUAAGCAAGGCAUGGAUCAACAGAACCCAAGAGCUGCUGCAGCGCUCCAGUGACCAAGUUCUCCGGACUGCGUUGACCUCUGACGUGCCGGAACCGCUUCCUCUGCAUAUAUUGCCUGCCAAUAUGAGUUACAAAAUCGACGUAUACUUUUGGGGUCUUCGAGAAGUGGGCAUCACGAACAAGCCCUUGGUGACCCUGGAACUGGAGGACAUCACCAUAAAGUCUGCAAUAAUCAGCCAAUGCAAGUCCAACUGCAACUUCCCCAAUGCAAGGAUUUCACAGACAUUCCAAGGUAACUUGACCAACGGAUCCCAGUUAACCAUCAAAUUAUUUGACACAACCACCUUCGGACGGACCCUGUUCGUUGGUUCGAACGUGAAAAACCCGCAGAAAUACCUUCUCACCUUCCUAUCCAAGAGUGAGAGGGAUGAAAAACUGUUCCUGAAGCCUGUAGUGAAUAAUUUCUUUGUGCAAGUAAAUCGCAAGACAUUUGUUAAAAAAAGCUUGACGUAUCCCGUUUUCGAAAAUCCUAAAUCCUACAAAAACGAAGAAGAAAAAAAUCCAAAAGUAAAAUGGGAAAAAAUGAAGAAAAUAUUCUUCAAGAAGGCCUGUGAAGAAGAGAUAAUGCUGCUACCUAUUUACUCUAAAGAAAGAGAUAACGUCGUGAAGGAGACGGAAGAUGAUUGGUGGACGAGAUAUUAUAGUUCGUUAAAUGUAAAUACCUUUGUAAAUAUAUAUAAAUUUAACCUACCUGCCUAUGAAGCCGAUGGUCCCGGGUUCAAAUCUGGUAAGGGCAUUCAUUUGUGCGAUGAGAACGAGUAUUUGUUCCUGAGUCAUGGGCUCAUGGGUGCUUUCUAUGUAUAUAAGUAUUUAUAUAUUAUAUAUAUCGAAAAGUCGUCUGGUGACAGAGAGCUGGCAACCAAUCGAAUAACGAUAUACGAUUCAGAGUUAGAGGAGCAGCCCGACUUCACCAAGUUCAAAGACUGGUGCGGCACCAUUAAGAUCUACAACAGCUCCAAGACAGGAAUACCGGACAAGGACGAAAAACUCCGCUGUGGUCACUUAAAGGCCAGUGUAGCGAUAUACCAGUGGCCACCGCCAGCGGAUACGGUGGCAGUCAGCAGUAGCGGCGUCGAUCUAGAACAAGGCUACUUCGACAAUCACCCCGACAACGAGCCAGCCCGGUACCUAGUCCGCAUAUACGCUGUCAAAUGUUCCCGUCUGGUGACCAAGGGGAUCACGUCCAGGUGCUACGUGGCCGUACAGUGUAACUCUAAGACACUGAGCGACCGGGAGUCUAGCGUGCCUAGGGAUGCUGAACCUACGUUUGGAAAAAUGUACGAGCUCGACUGCACGCUGCCAGAAGACUAUCUCCUGAAGAUAUCGGUGCUCGACUGCGGAGCUGCGGGCGACGAGCUGAUCGGCUGCACCAGUAUUGAUCUCGAGGAUAGGGCCUACACGAAAUAUAGGGCCACUGUUGGCCUGGCUUCUGAGUAUAAUAUAAACGGUCCCAACAGGUGGCGCGACAGUGAUCGGCCGUCGGCCAUAUUAGAGCAACUGUGCGAGAAGAACCACCUACCGGCCCCCGAGUUCCCCGACCCCUCGUCCCUGGUCUUAAACGGGGUGGAAUAUAAGGAUCUUGACUCUGCCGCCCAUCGCCACUCCAGGUCGCACUCCGCAAGCAAGGAGAACCUCUGCCUGAAUAUCCUUCACAAAUGGCACACGAUCCCCGUCUGUGGACAUCGACUCGUGCCUGAACAUGUCGAGAUCAGGACUCUGUACGACCCUGAGAAACCCGGGACCGAACAGGGUAAGAUCCACAUGUGGAUGGACAUGUUCCCGCUGGAUUCCCGACGGGCAAUACCUUCGCCUGUCUCCAUCCGUCCUCGCCCUGAUGAGAACUAUGAACUGCGAGUCGUCGUGUGGGACGUGCAGGGCUUAAAGCUGAACAAGGGAGCUAAUAUAUAUGUCAGAGCCAGCCUGUUGUGCCUUGAAACUUUACUGUCUCUCUUUGUUUUUAUUUUAAAUGCGUUGCUCCCUCUAAGAUACUUUUACAGAAUUGAGGGUAACUGUCAUAAAGUUACCUUAUUUUGUAGAUGGAUUGGACCUAGUGACGAGGCCCAGGACACCGAUAUCUACACGAGCACCAACGGCGAAGGACGCUUCAGUUGGAGAAUGAUCUUCCAGUUUCAAUAUAAACAUACCGAAAGAAAGUUGGUGCUCUACGACAAGGGUCCGUUUACGGAGGUGACGGAGCUGUUUCCGCCCAUUCUCGUGGUCCAGGUUUUGGAUAUAGACGCUCCGACUCUUCAAGAUUUUAUAGGUACGGAGUCUGUCAUUUCCAUACUACCCUCCGUCCGUAGCUACAAGGCGGUAUCUCAAAAACAAAUGAAUUUGGAAGUGAAUCUCUUAGUCACUUUCUGCUAUCGUUUGGUUGAGAGGACCGACGAAAAGAUGCAGAAACGUAUGCUAACGCUGGAUCUGUCGGGAAUGCCACGAGGCUCGAGGUUACCCCACAGCGCGCACGCUGUAACGCAUAUGCGUAAAGUGAAUAUGUUUUCGGUGCGCAACGUACGCGGCUGGUGGCCGCUCAGGAUGGUCGAUCGGAACUCUGGGAACUAUUAUUUUGCUGGUAUUAUAGAGCUGGAAAUAGCGCUGCUGCCUCAGCAGAAGGCUCUGCUAAUGCCCGUUGGUCUUGGCAGGGACCCACCAGUGCCACUGCCUGAUCCAAUCCACCAACCACAUGUUUCACGCAGCAAAUACCACACCUCACUUGUUCAGUGUGGACCAACUACGCGGCUUCUCGUGGCUCUUGGUUUUAUACUGCUCGGUUUUUGCAUCUACUGGCAACUGCCUGUCAUAGUGGUUAGCUUCAUACCUACUAUGAACACAUAGGUUACACGAAGCAAAUCCGACUCAUUGGUCCACUGUGUUACAGCUACGCUUCCCUGGCCCUCGGUUUUAUACUGCUCGGCAGCUGUUUGCACUGACAACUGCCUGUCAUAGUGGUUAGCUUCAUACCUACUAUGAACACAUAACACGAAGCAAAUCCGACUCAUU